CAAAGUGAAAACGACACUGGACGGCGUAGCUUGCAGGUUGGCGAGAAAAUGCGCAAUUAUCUAUGGUUAGCGGUGUUCCUGGCGGUGGCCACCACCACCUGUGUCAAGGCCAAGCCGCUGGUCUCCUUCGGUCUCAGCUAUCAGCAGCCCUACGUGGGACCCCACCCAGGACCCUACUACUAUGGAGGACCUUAUCAGGGGGGAGGCUACUACCCCAACUACCCCAACAGCCCGGGACCCUAUGGUGGUUACCCCUAUCCUUAUGCGAAUCGCUAUGGCGCCCUGGAUGUCGGCAUAGGCGCCCUGUCGCUAUCCUCAUUCCUUCUCUGAUUCCGCGUAAAAGCCAAAAGCCACAGUAAAUAGAAACGAGAAUCAUACAAAA